AUGUCAAAUAAUAAAAGACUGAGACUUGAGAGGACGUUAGACGAAAAUAUAAUUCAAAAUUGGUUCGAUGAUUUUAGUAGUGACGAAGAAUCUUUUGGAGAGGAUAGUGAUUCAGAUGAGGAUAUUGUACUUAGAAGUGAUCACGAUACCAAUUCUGAAGAAGAGGCAACUGAUUCCGAGAUAGGCGAGGUCCGUGAAAAUGCCGAUAAUUUUUACAUAGGAAAAGAUGGUAAAACAAAGUGGUGUAAAAUAAAACCUCCUAUAAAUGUUCGUACACGUGCACAUAAUAUAAUAACCCAUCUUCCUGGCCCUAGAAGAGAAGCACGUGGAAAAAAGUCUCAAAUUGAAAUUUUAAAUUUAUUUAUUGACGAUAAUAUUACUAGAAUUAUAACACAUUGUACAAAUAUUUAUAUUGAAUCAAUCCGCGACAAAUUUCAGCGAAGUAGAGACGCGAGGCUUACAUGCGUAACAGAAAUUAGAGCCUUUAUUGGACUAUUAUACCAAAUAGGAUCCUUUAGGUGCUCCCGUAAAAAUAUACAUCAACUUUGGGACAAUUCAAAAGGAAAUGGAAUGGAGUCAUGUUAUUUGACUAUGAGUGAAAAAAGAUUUCGUUUUCUUGUAAGAUGUUUACGGUUUGAUGAUAUUCAUGAUCGAGCGGUUCGUAAACAGUUUGACAAAUUAGCUCCUAUUAGAGAUAUUUUUACAUUGAUGGUUGAUAAUUUUCAAAAAUAUUACUGCCCCAGUGAAUAUGUGACCAUAGAUGAGCAGCUAUUAGCUUUUCGAGGAAAAUGUCCAUUUAGGCAAUAUAUUCCGAGUAAACCAGCCAAAUAUGGCAUAAAAACAUUUGCUCUAGUUGAUCCUAGAACUGUCUAUACUUUAAAUUUAGAGACCUAUCUUGGUGUACAACUCGACGGACCAUACAAAAUUAGUAAUGCUUCUCAAGAUGUAGUUUUGCGAUUAGUUGAACCUAUUUUUGGAACAAAUAGAAAUAUUACGGGUGACAACUGGUUUACCAGUAUGCCUUUGAUUAUCAGUUUGAAAGAAAAAAAACUUACAUAUGUAGGCACAGUUCGUAAAAAUAAACGAGAAAUUCCAAAAGAAUUUUUACCAAACAAACAACGAGUUGAAACGUCUUCAGUAUUUGGAUUCCAAAAAGAAUGUACAUUGGUUUCAUAUUGUCCAAAAAAAAAAUAA